AGGAGGACAUGAUUGAGGAUAAGUAUAUCGUGAGCAGACACUGCCUCAACCAGCUUCUCGAUAUGCUGCCGUUCAAGCACUGUUCCAAGUGUGGGAAGACUGCCACUCAUAGAACAAAGACUGUUGGGUGUACUAUCAUUGUCAUUUGGACUUGUGAAGACGGGCAUGUUCUACACAGAUGACAGAGCUCUGCAGUUCUACCAAAUGGAAUGUUUAUCAAUAACUUCCAAGCCUCAGCCUCCAUUCUGCUCUCUGGCAACAAUUAUGAAAAAGUUCGCUUGUUUGUGAAGUUCCUUGGUCUGAAAUUUCCAAGCCAAACUUCAUUUCAUAGGGUGCAGAACAAAUAUGCAGUACCAGUAGUAAACCAGUACUGGUCAGAUCUGAGGGCAAGUGUUGCAGAGAAACACCGUGCUGUGAGCAUUGUUGUGUCAGGAGAUGGGCGGAUGGACAGUCCCGGAUAUUGUGCCAAGUACUGCACAUACACUGUUAUGAACCAGGAAGACAAGAAAAUUUUGGCCCUAGAAGUUGUCGAUAAGAGGGAAACUGACUUGAAGUCUGGUCUGAUGGAGGCAAAGGGCUUUGCUAAGGCCAUGGCAACUCUGCAAGCAGAUGGUAUUGAACUGAAAGAGAUUGUUACAGAUGCUCACCCAAAGAUUUCGGCUAUCAUGAGAAAGUCCUAUCCAAAGAUCUGGCACAGUUAUGACAUGUGGCAUGGGGCAAAGAACUUGGGAAAGAAACUGAGCAGUAUUGCCCUGGCAAAAGGUAACGAAGCAUUAAAGCCAUGGCUGAAGGACAUCACAAACCACUUCUUUCAUAGUGCAGAAACCUGUGGUGGCAAUGCAUUGGAAAUGAAGACAAAAUGGUUGUCAGUUAUCAAUCAUGUGACGAACAGACACACGUGGGCUCUCGGGCAGUGCGAUCAUGAGCCGAUAGUUGAGGACGAGCGGGAUCUUGAAGAAAAACAAUGGCUUAAACCCGCAAGCAUGGCUGUCAAGGAUCUACAAAAGACUGUGAUGGAACCCAGACUGCUGAAGACCUUUCCAUACUACGUCACAUGCCAAACAACAUCAGAACUGGAGAUGUUCAAUAACCAUUUGCUGAUGUAUGCACCAAAAAGAAAUGCUUUUGGUUAUGCAGGAUACAAGUGCAGAUGUCAACUAGCAGCAAUCGAUUAUACGCACCACGUUGAUAGACAAACACUGGUUGACAAAGAUGGCAAGACAAGAGUAAGGCGUGUGCAUUCCAAGGCAGCUAACAACUGGAUGGUGGUACCUGUUAAAGAAAAGAAGCAAUACAAGUACAUCCUAGGCUUGCUUUCAAGGAUUUGCAUGGAGUAUAUUCAGAUAAACAAGGAAAAUCCACUGAGAUCGAAGUUCCGUGUUGAUCCAGAUGAUCCUAAGAAAAUUGCCUCGACAAUCGCCCAAUGUCCACCUCCACCAACAGCCGAGCUGCGGGAAACCAAGAGAUCCAGGAUCAAGGUCAAGCAAGCGAGCAAAAAAUUUGCUGAUUAGCUUUCAGAAAUCAAAGGACAUUUUGUGAUUUGGCAUCAGUGUUAAGAUGUGAGCUUGAAAGAUUAGUAACCCUGGCUGCUGAGUUUGUAUUGUCAGUAGAUGACGUGACUUAAUAUGAAGCAUUAUGUUUACUGUUAUAAUUAUUUAAUACUAGUGUUACUAGAUACUAAUGUUAAACAAAGAAAUGAAUUAACAUUGUGAGCAAUACUAUGAACAGCUCGGACAACAGUCCUCAACCAGACAAGUACAGCAGUUAAAUAAUAAUUCUACAUUCAGAUUGCAUACUCCAUUAAAAUAGUAUCAUUUACUGAUCAAUAAACAAAAAAAAUAAAUAAGUAUCUUCAAAUUUAGAUAUUAUCUUAAGCGAUGCUUUACUGUCAAUAUAGGGUACCUGUUUCCAUGAUAAUGUUUGUAUAGUUCAAGUGUAUAUAUUUUUGUGAGUUGUGUAAAGUUUGUAUGCGAGACUCUUGGUCAAAUAUUGUUUAGUGUUUUCAGGACUUUUGGUCACGAGUCAUAACUAUGAACAUGAAUUGCAUACUCUUCAGCUGUCAUAGUCAAUUAUGAGUGCCAGUUUCAAAUUAUAUGUAUGCCCCCCUUCGAAGAAAGGGGGUAUAUUGUUUUGCACAUGUCGGUCGGUCCGUCCGUUGUUCCUUCCACCAGAUUGUUUCUGAAGAUAACUGAAGAACGCUUACGCCUAGGAUCAUGAAACUGACAGCCCAUAUGGGGGCAUGUAUGUUUUACAAACAGCCCUUGUUAUUACUUGUGUACACAGACGGAGUUUUCCAUAAAUAAUGACAUAAAAGCAUAAUGCGUUAUGUAGAUACUGUUUUUUACAUUGUUUAUCAGCAGAUAAACAACCAUUUAUUGUGAGCAUAAACAUUUAAGCUGGAGUCAUUAAUAGUCUUACAUAGAGAUGAUAAAAAUAAGCCGCGAUGGGAUGAUGUGUCUCCUAAGCAAGCAAGAGGUCACGGGUUCAAUUGCCACUUUGGGAGCGUUCUUUAGAUCUCUGCCAUAGACACAAAGUACUGGUUCUACCCAGAAAUCAGACUUUAUAGCGUUUCAAUAAUCCUUAAGCUUCUGAUGCAAUAAAGCUUUCAUUGUAAGAUUUAAAACUUAUAGCGGUAACUACAGACAAUACAGUGUUGUUCAUUCAAAGAUAAAUAACAAAUGGAGAUUAAAGUUUGGUGUUUUUUUUUAAUCCGGAAAAUAGUUCGGAAGAGAAAACUUUAUUUAUCCUAUUUUCCCUUGACAAUAGUUAUUGUUUUGAUAGUAUUAUGUUAUGAUUUUGUGUUGUAAUUAUUGGUCAAAAUAUAUAAAUAAAAGACAUAAAGAAAUGAGAAGCUGGUUGUUAAACUCUGAUUUAUUAUUAUAUAACAAAACACCACAUUAUAAUAACAUGUAAGUUCAAAAACAUGCAUUCAGAAAUAUGCAUUAAUGAAAACAGAAAAAUCAGUAACUGCAUCAAGGUUAAAAAAAAGACUAUAUUUUCUUUAGAUGUACUUAUUUAAUGAUUGCUGAAGACUUAGUAAAAUGGUUUUACUUGAUGGAAGGCGCAGGAAAAUCAGUUCUAUUUGUAGAGAUUAUUCAUGAAAUGCACAGGAAGAAUAUUUAUUUUAAGUUUAACAUGCUUAAAAUAUUGUUACUGGAUAAAGAAAUGAGGCACUUAAAGAUCUGCUUGUAAUUGAAAUACAGAUAAUAUGCACAUGUAAUAUUUCUGACAAAAACAAAAAACAUAAUUGUACAUAAAUAAUUAAUAAAUCAGUACAUUUGGUA